UGUUACGGGCUGUGUACACGAUGGUCCAGGUUGUCACUGUUUUCGAAGACAUCGCUGCAUCAUGGCUCCUAGGCCUGGUCUUCUAGAUAUGAUGAGCAAUUGUACAUAUAGCCAACUGCAUCACCGGGUUUCUAUGUGGGAUCCUUGUUUGAGUGCACCAAAUGUACCAUACCGUAAUUUUCCUUAUGUAGCUGCUCGUUGUGGUGACAAGAUCCAAGAUGAGAGGGAAGAAUGUGACUGUGGCACCUUAAAAGACUGUAGUCAGGAUCCGUGUUGCAAUACCAAUUGUGCCCUCAGCCUUGGCAGUACUUGCAAUCAUGGAGGUUGCUGCUGGAAUUGUAAAUAUGCUCAACCUGGAACUCUUUGCAGAGAUACUCUUGGUAUUUGUGAUCUACCAGAAUACUGUAAUGGGACAACGCAUGUUUGUCCAGCUGACACUUAUAUCCAGGAUGGAACCCCAUGUUCGCCAUUAGCUGUUUGUGUGAAGGGAAACUGUAGUGACCGUGAUAUGCAGUGUCAAGCCCUCUUUGGCUAUAAAGUAAAAGAUGCUGCACCAGCAUGCUAUAAAACAUUGAAUAUCAUAGGUGACCGAUUUGGGAACUGUGGUGUGAGGUUGAUUCGAGGAGGAGGAAAACCUGUAAAAUGUGAACAAGAUGAUGUUCUGUGUGGAAUGCUGCACUGUGCUAAUGUGGAGGAACUUCCUGGUGGUGGGGAGCACACUACAUUUCAUCAUAUGGUACUACAAGGUAUUAAACCAGAAAGCUGCUUUGGGUACGAUGCCCACUAUGGGAGAGACUCACCAGAAAUGGGGCUUGUAGUGGAUGGUGCAUCAUGUGGCCCAGGAUCAUACUGUAAGGACCAAAAUUGUACUUUUUCUCAAGACAUGCGUUUUGACUGUGAUGUCAAGAAGUGCACUUACAGAGGGGUAUGCAACAACCAAAGACAUUGUCACUGUCAGCGAGGUUGGAAACCACCAAAUUGUAGCGAGAGAGGACGAGGUGGCAGUGUAGAUAGUGGCCCCCCACCUGACAGAGAAAUAGGUAUUCGAGCCAGGGUACUAAUGAAUAUAAACAGAGGAACAGCUCUACUGCUUCUUCGUCUUUUCCUUCUUUUGCUUUCAGUGGUUAUAGGUGCCUUUUACCAUGUGAAAGAUAUUAUGGCAAAUGAAAAAUAA